AUGGUGAUCGGCGGGACAGACACAUCGUCAAAUACUAUAGAGUUUGCGAUGGCAGAAAUGAUAAAGAAUCCAGAAACUCUAAAGAAAGCACAGGAAGAACUCGCCGUUGUUGUUGGAGAAGACAAUAUUGUGGAAGAGUUCCACAUUCAUAGUUUGCCAUAUCUCAAAGCUGUAAUGAAAGAAACUUUGCGUUUACACCCUAUCCUACCUCUACUUGUGCCGCACUGCCCAAGCGAGACCACCAUUGUCUCCAAUUACACAAUCCCAAAGGGCUCUCGAGUGUUCAUCAAUGUCUGGGCCAUUCAACGAGACCCCAACCAAUGGGAAAAUCCACUAGAGUUCAACCCAGAAAGGUUCUUGAAUGGAAAAUUCGAUUUCAGUGGAAGUGAUUUUCGUUACUUCCCAUUUGGGUCCGGCAAAAGAAAUUGUGCAGGGAUAGCUAUGGCGGAAAGAAUGGUACUGUAUUUGCUUGCUACACUUUUGCAUUCUUUUGAUUGGAAAUUAGAAGAUGGUGAGAAAAUGGAAGUUGAGGAGAAAUUUGGAAUUGUUUUGAAGAUGAAGAGGCCUCUUGUUCUCAUCCCAACGCCAAGGCUAUCUCAUCCCACUCUGUAUCAGUAA